UUUGUGCUUUGUAUUUUUGUCUGCGUUCUAUUUUCUGUUUAUAUUUAAAAGAAGAUUGUUGCAGAGUAAUGACUGAUGUUAAGGAAACGUCGUGUAGGCUUUGCCUUAAAACUGUAACCGACGAAAGUUUUGAAAUGAUAAACAACAUUGUCAGAGACAUUCUAAAUGGUCUUUUGCUGAAAUUGAAAUUUGAUGAUGAGAGCAGAGAGGUUAUUUGUAACGCUUGCAGAAGAAAGUUAAAUGCGGCUUCAGAAUUUAAGUCGACUUGUUUGAAUACUGAUAACACAAUUAUUCCUUAUGUGGAUAGCGAAAAAAUGUUACAGCUCGACUUAAGAGAAGUGUACAUGCAGGAAAAGAAAAGUGAAUUAGUUUGCAGUCAGAAAAUAUGUCGAUUGUGUAUGCACCCAGUAGAAAGUGAGUUUAGGUGCAUAUGUGAAGAGGAACUUGAAGCUAUUGAGAAAUUGACACCUGAAAUGUUUAUAAAUAUCAUCAAAGAUCCCGUUGUUUGUAAGAGAUGCUUCGAUUCUCUGUGUACUCACAACAGUUUCCUAAAAGAUUGCUCAGAGGUAGAAGAAAAAAUUAAAAGUAUUUUUGAUAGUUCAGCCACAGGAAGUCAAAUAGAUACGUCUCAACUUGAUUUAUUCGUUAAAACUGAAAACCCGGACAAGAAAUUCGAUAUUAACGAGAUGGAAAUGUCAAUCAAAGCUGAAUGUGUCGACAUAAAAUCGGAAGAUGAGGAAACGAGUGACAUGCCACUUCAGACCUCCGAUAUUGUACCAUUCGAGGAGAGUGACUGUAAAGAUGAAGAAGAGGAUGGAUGUAAACAUGAGAUUGGAUCAGAAAUGAAAACCAAGCAGGAGCGCAAAGUAUUGUACAAAUGUGAUAAAUGUAUCUACGAAACUGAAAGUGAGAUCCGUUUUACAGCACACUUUGCGAGCCAUGAGAACGAUUUGGAAGCUUAUGAAUGUGAAUCGUGCGACGAUAUGCCACUUCAGACCUCCGAUAUUGUACCAUUCGAGGUGAGUGACUGUAAAAAUGAAGAAGAGGAUGAUUGCAUACAUGAGAAUGGAUCAGAAGUGAAAACCAGGCAGGAGCGCAACGUAUUGUACAAAUGUGAUAAAUGUAUUUAUGAAACUGGAAGUGAGAUCCGUCUUACGGCACACUGUGCGAGACGUGAGAAGGAUUUGGAAGCAUGUGAAUGUGAAUCGUGUGAGUACGAAACUGAAAAUAAGAAAUUACUUCUGAAGCACCCGUUGAAGCAUAAAGAUUCUUUGCAGAUUCAAAUGUACAGAUGUAACGAUUGUGAUUAUGAAGCAAGCGACAUGCCACUUCAGACCUCCGAUAUUGUACCAUUCGAGGUGAGUGACUGUAAAAAUGAAGAAGAGGAUGGUUGCAUACAUGAGAAUGGAUCAGAAGUGAAAACCAGGCAGGAGCACAACGUAUUGUACAAAUGUGAUAAAUGUAUUUAUGAAACUGGAAGUGAGAUCCGUCUUACGGCACACUGUGCGAGACGUGAGAAGGAUUUGGAAGCAUGUGAAUGUGAAUCGUGUGAGUACGAAACUGAAAAUAAGAAAUUACUUCUGAAGCACCCGUUGAAGCAUAAAGAUUCUUUGCAGAUUCAAAUGUACAGAUGUAACGAUUGUGAUUAUGAAGCAAGAAUAAUGGCGGAUGUUAAGGAAACGUCGUGUAAGCUUUGCCUUAAAACUGUAACCGAUGAAAGUUUCGAAGUGAUAAACAACAUUAUCAGAGCCAUUCUAGAUGUUCUUUUGCUGAAAUUGAAAUUUGAUAGCGAAAGCAAAGAGGUUAUAUGUAACGUUUGCAGAAGAAAGUUAAAUGCGGCGUUAGAAUUUAAGUCGACGUGUUUGAAUACCGAUAACACAAUUAUCCCUUAUGUGGAUAGCGAAAAAAUGUUACAGCCCGACUUAAGAGAAGUGCAUGUACAGGAAAAGAAAAUUGAAUUGGUUCGCAGUCAGAAAAUAUGUCGAUUGUGUAUGCAGCCAGUAGAAAGUGAAUUUAGGUGCAUACGUGAAGAGGAACUUGAAGCUAUUAAAAAAUUGAUACCUGAAAUGAAUAUAAAUAUCAUCAAAGGUCCCGUUGUAUGUAAGCCAUGCUGGGAUUCUCUGUGUACUCACAACAGUUUCCUGAAAGAUUGCUCAGAGGUAGAGGAAAAAAUUAAAAGUAUUUUUGAUAGUUCAGCCACAGGAAGUCAAAUAAAUACGUGUCCACUUGAUUUAUAUGUUAAGACUGAAAACCUGGACAAGGAAUUCGAUAUUAACGAGAUGGAAAUGUCGAUUAAAGCUGAAUGUGUUGACAUAAAAUCGGAAGAUGAGGAAAGAAGUGACACGCCACUUCAGAUCUCCGAUAUUGUUCCAUUCGAGGAGAGUGACUGUAAAAAUGAAGAAGAGGAUGGAUGUAAACAUGAAAAUGGAUCAGAAGUGAAAACCAGACAGGAACGCAAAGUAUUGUACAAAUGUGAUAAAUGUAUCUACGAAACUGAAAGUGACAUCCGUUUUACGGCACACUGUGCCAGUCAUGAGAAGGAUUUGGAAACAUAUAAGUGUGAAUCGUGUGAGUAUAAACCUAAAAUUGACAUCGAAGAUGUUUUACUUACGUCAGAAUAUGAUGACUGUGACGUGGAAUGUUGGCUGAUAGGAGACGUAAAAGAAUCUGAAGAUUGGGACUGUUCAUGUUCCUAA